AUGCGUGACUUCGUCAUCCUGACAAUUGUUUUUCUUACUUUAAAUGCGCAUAUGCCAUUUGUUAUUCCACCGUCGAUACCUGGAUCAUUUUCACAUAGAGCAAGAGAUCAACCAAUCUCUGACAAUGAUGAUGAACCCAAAGGAUGUCCCCCUGGAUGCGUCGAUGGACCAAGCUGUACUGAAGAAUGUAAAUGUCAAAACACUUAUUCGAUUGCAGACGGAAUGUGUAACCCACCAGCUGAUUCUGAAGUAGCUAAACAAUGUACAUCCUGGUACAAUCGAUGUCCAAUGUAUGAACCUCUUCAUUUCUAA